AUGUUAAAAGAGAAACUGCAAGAAAUAAAGGAUUCAAAUACAAAUUUAUAUUAACAUUUGAAUAAUGUAUUGACUAAGAUAUUAUUGGAUAAUCCAAAAGUAUGAAUAUAUUAUGAGUUAUAAUUGUAGAAUGCUUUUGAAUUAUUUGAAGAUUAUUCAUUUUAAGUAAAAUCAAAUGGAUUCACAUUUGAUAAAUAUAAUGAAUUUGAUAAUGCAGAAAGAACAAAAGUUACUAUGGAUUAAGCUAUUUAAUAAAAGACAUUGAAACUAAUCAAUAAAAUUAAUCUUGGAACUGAUGAAGAACCUUAAGAAUCAACUUAAACUGGAUAUUUACCUAAUUUAACAGAAGAAUCAUAUUUAUAUGAAUGGGCUGGUAUUGGAAUUGAUGAGAAUUAUAAAAUAUUUAAAGCAUUGACAGUAAUUAUAUUUAAUUUAAUAUAUUAGUUAUUAUCUGUUACUAAAUAAGCAUCUAAACUUAGAUUUUGGGGUAAAAUUAUGGGAAGAGAUAAAGAUUAUUAUAUUGCUGAAGGAGUUGCUACAAGUACUGUUGAAGAUGGUGAAUUACCACCUGAAGUUGAACCAAGAGGAUCUGGUAUUAAUACUAAAUCAUAUUGGGCAUGCACUGAUAUAUUAAAUGAUAAAGAUUGGGUUGAAUUACCAUUGGUUACACCAUAAUAAAUCAAUAUAUCUAGAUAAAUUAAAUAUAUGUUUACAGGUAAUUUAGAAAGUGAUGUUAUCACUAAUCCUUAUUUCUUUGGAAAAGAAAAACAUUUAUUAAAAGCAUAAAUUGUUAGAAUUACAUAAUCUACUGUUAUUAUUCCAAAAGGUUAAUAUAUUUUAAGAGAAGGUGAACCAAGAGAAAUAGAUCCAGCACCUGAAUAUAAAUUACCAGGAUUUCAUGAUUUAAAAACAUUAAAUGAUUGGAUGCAUUUCAAUUAAAAUAUAUUAAAUGUAAAUUAUUUUAAUUAUUAUUAUUAAUAGUGUGGUAGAUUAGUACAUUUAAUACCAUCUGAAUUACCUGAAGGUGUUGAACCAGAAGCUUAUUAAAAAUAAAUAGAAGCUGCUGAUCCAUUUGAAAAUAGAUUAAAACCAAUUUCAAAUGAUAAAAUAUAAAAUAAUAAACCAGCUUGGAAAAUUAGAAUUGUUGGUGAUACAACUGAUUAUAAUCCUUUAGCCAAAGACACUAAUAAUAAAGUUAAUAAUGGUGUUAUUAUUAUUAAAUCUUUAGUUUGGCCNAAAAUUUUUGAUAAAUGUUAAAAGAGAAACUGCAAGAAAUAAAGGAUUCAAAUACAAAUUUAUAUUAACAUUUGAAUAAUGUAUUGACUAAGAUAUUAUUGGAUAAUCCAAAAGUAUGAAUAUAUUAUGAGUUAUAAUUGUAGAAUGCUUUUGAAUUAUUUGAAGAUUAUUCAUUUUAAGUAAAAUCAAAUGGAUUCACAUUUGAUAAAUAUAAUGAAUUUGAUAAUGCAGAAAGAACAAAAGUUACUAUGGAUUAAGCUAUUUAAUAAAAGACAUUGAAACUAAUCAAUAAAAUUAAUCUUGGAACUGAUGAAGAACCUUAAGAAUCAACUUAAACUGGAUAUUUACCUAAUUUAACAGAAGAAUCAUAUUUAUAUGAAUGGGCUGGUAUUGGAAUUGAUGAGAAUUAUAAAAUAUUUAAAGCAUUGACAGUAAUUAUAUUUAAUUUAAUAUAUUAGUUAUUAUCUGUUACUAAAUAAGCAUCUAAACUUAGAUUUUGGGGUAAAAUUAUGGGAAGAGAUAAAGAUUAUUAUAUUGCUGAAGGAGUUGCUACAAGUACUGUUGAAGAUGGUGAAUUACCACCUGAAGUUGAACCAAGAGGAUCUGGUAUUAAUACUAAAUCAUAUUGGGCAUGCACUGAUAUAUUAAAUGAUAAAGAUUGGGUUGAAUUACCAUUGGUUACACCAUAAUAAAUCAAUAUAUCUAGAUAAAUUAAAUAUAUGUUUACAGGUAAUUUAGAAAGUGAUGUUAUCACUAAUCCUUAUUUCUUUGGAAAAGAAAAACAUUUAUUAAAAGCAUAAAUUGUUAGAAUUACAUAAUCUACUGUUAUUAUUCCAAAAGGUUAAUAUAUUUUAAGAGAAGGUGAACCAAGAGAAAUAGAUCCAGCACCUGAAUAUAAAUUACCAGGAUUUCAUGAUUUAAAAACAUUAAAUGAUUGGAUGCAUUUCAAUUAAAAUAUAUUAAAUGUAAAUUAUUUUAAUUAUUAUUAUUAAUAGUGUGGUAGAUUAGUACAUUUAAUACCAUCUGAAUUACCUGAAGGUGUUGAACCAGAAGCUUAUUAAAAAUAAAUAGAAGCUGCUGAUCCAUUUGAAAAUAGAUUAAAACCAAUUUCAAAUGAUAAAAUAUAAAAUAAUAAACCAGCUUGGAAAAUUAGAAUUGUUGGUGAUACAACUGAUUAUAAUCCUUUAGCCAAAGACACUAAUAAUAAAGUUAAUAAUGGUGUUAUUAUUAUUAAAUCUUUAGUUUGGCCAGGAUUAGUAACUGUCUAUUCUGUAAUAAUCUAUUUUAAUUUAUAAUAGAACAAAGUAUUAUCACAAUUAUAUUAUGGUUAUGGAUUUAAGGCAACAAAUAAUCAUUUCUAUCCUAAAUAACCAUAAUAAGUUUAAUAAGAAUAACCAGAUCUUCCAGAAUAACCAGAACCCAAUUUCCCAGCUGAAGUCCCUUAAUAACAAUAAGAUUGAUC